UGUAUUCGCGCUCAGUUUCGCAGAGUACGUUCAAUCAUACAGGUGGUUUCUGUUCGUGGUGCGAUUAGUUUCUUAGAAGAGAAAACCUAAAAAAAAUAUUGUAAAAUUAAUUUUUAUUUAAAAUAGUAAAGUGUGGCAUAGUUAGGAAAAUAGAAAAUUUAUAAUAGAAUUUCUUUCUCUUUAUUUUUGGAUAGAAAAGAAAAAAAAAAACGAAAAAGUUCUUGUUAUAAAUUUUGCGCAAAUUGUGAAAGUUACAUCUUCUAAAGAGACAAUAUUUUUUUUCAACUCAAUAUUCGUUUUUUAAUUUCAAUUACUCAUUAAAUUUAAUUCUACAAGUUUCUACAAUUUUGAUAUUUAAAUAAAAAUCUAUUUAUAAAUUAAAUGUGCCAAGUAAUACAAAAUUGUGUUAAUAGUGCAUAAAAUAGUGAGGGAGCAAUGAAAUAAAAAAAAAAUCGUAUGAUUGAAGUGAAGAAGUGAAGCUUAUAUAAAAAUAUUUACUGAAGAAGCUAUGUACAUGUAUUAGAUUGGAAGCAACGAUUUUUACGGGAAAGCAAAACUUGUGAAUUUCUGAUAUUCCGCAAUCGAAAACAAAAUAAACCUUAUAGAGUGUAUACACGAAGAGACCAAGGUAUAAAUUUUAGUGCGAAAGAAGUAGAUAUGUUGUUGAAGAAUUACAUAUAUACUCGACUUUGACCCAAUGGACUUUUUUUCCUGUCUUCUCACUUAAUUUUUUGGCAUCAUCCAGCUUAAGAUGAUUGCAUGUUCGAUAUCUUAAUAAAAAUUCCGGUUAUUCGUCCAAAAUGUCUCUUUUGACUUUGCAAUAAGUGUUAAAUUAAUUGAGAAUGAUAUUUAAAUACUGCAGAAUUUUGCACAACUUCCAAUAAUUGUUAUCGUGCUGUUAAAUUUUAUGUGUAUUUAAUAAACACUAACAAUUGCUACUUCCAUCAACACAUAGACAUAUUGAUUAAUUUAGUGUUAUAGGGAAAGGAAUUGCAAAAAAAAGUUGAAGGUGUGUGAAAUAAUAUUUUGGUGUUAAUUAAAAUAUAUAAUAAAUAAAAGUGAAGAUGACACAAAUGAAUCAUCCCUUCAAAAAUCGUUCGCUGCUGGAUAAAGUGCCAAAAGAUAAAAUUAAGGAUGUGGAUGAUCUAUAUGAAUGGAUGAAACAGCAACCGAGAUUUCCCGCAUACACGAAGGAUCAUGCUUAUUUAUUCCUUCAUGCGUGCCUUUGGGUGAUGGAUGAUGCCAAACGUGCCCUGCAGAAAUAUUGCCAAAUCCGAGCAUCAUCAACAGACAUAUUUGAGAAUCGGGAUGUGGAAGACAAAGCCAUACAAAGUGUCUUCGAUAUAACACAUAUGGCAUCGAUGCCAAUAAAGACGCGAGAAGGCUACAAAGUGAUAUACUACCGAUUGGCAGAUACUGAUCCAGCAAAAGUGCACUUUGGAAAUGCUGUAAAGGCAUUCUGUAUGUUCAAUGACGUACAAAUAAGUGAGGAUGGUAUUGUGGAAGGGUAUAUGGUGGUGUUUGAUAUGAAGGGACUCAAAUUGGGCCACCUCACCAAAAUACAAUUAGGACCGUUGAGAACAUUUAUGCAGUACAUCCAGGAAGCUCAUCCGGUGCGCUUGAAGAAGAUAUAUGUGAUUCACACAGCUAGCUUCAUCAAUCAAAUAAUGGCGAUAGUAAAGCCACUCAUCAAAUCUGAACUUCUCAGUUUGUUGCAUUUCACACCAAGAGGACCGGCUGACAUAUUUCCUCUAUCACUCCUGCCUGAGGAUUAUGGUGGUCCCCUCAAUACACUGGACCAUUACCACAAAGAUCAAAGGCGUCAGAUUGAGGCUGAGUAUCGAGAUUGGUUGAUGGACACUUCACAUUUGAAAGAGAAGCCGAAGGAGAAGAAGAGCACAUCGAGUGACAAUAAUAAUAAAGUGAAUAAUGUGAGACAACCACCUGUGAAAGCUUUCAGAGCACUCGAAAUUGACUGAUGGCUGGCUUUUGUUGCGCUCCUGUAUUUCGUCGCGUAAAGCCAAGAGUGGAAUUUAUUUCACAGAAAUAAUAAUAAUAAAAAAAGAAGCAUAAAAUAACAAACACACAGUCAGACACCCACAUGACACAAAUUUAAUUGAAUUCUGUGGAGAUGUUCAGUGAUAGUCAUCGAAUUUUGUGUGUAUAUAUAUGUAAUGUUUCCAACUAAUAAUAAUGCCCGCAUUUUAUGUUCAUCCGCAAUUAUUCUCGUACCCUUUGGCGUAAAAAUAAUUAUCAAAAAAAAAAAAACGGCAACGUGGAAAGAGAUUAAUUGUUGGAUUUCCAAAGGCAUAUUACCAACUACAUGGAGCGCAGUCAACAUUUAAAACCAUUUUUUAAACGUAACACUACCAGUGGAAAAAAGUGUGUAAAAAUUACCCCAUGGAGAAGAGGAGAUUGUCUAUAAUUGCUAAAUUAAAUGGUUUCGGAUAAGUAUCAAUUGAAUGAUUGUAGUGAGAUUUUUUUAUUGUACAUAAUUUAAUGUGAAAUAAAAUAUAGAUUUUGCCACUUUUAUCGCUGAGAA